AUGAUUGGUGAAAAAGAUCUUAAUUCCAAUUCUCAAUCAUUUAAAGCUGUGGAUACUCCAUUAAAUAAUGAUGAACAAAUAUUGAAUGAUAUUCAUUCGGGAUCCAUCACUUCACCAACUAAAUCUUGGGAACCUAUUUUAGAGAAAUCUAUAAAUGCUAUCGUAUCCAUCAAAGCAAAUCGUGUGAGAAGUUUUGAUACAGAGAGAGCUGCUGAUUAUUCGGCCACGGGAUUUAUCGUUGAUAAAGAGAGAGGAAUUAUUUUAUCAAAUCGUCAUGUUGUAUCACCAGCACCUAUCGUCGCUCAAGCUAUAUUUAGAAAUUACGAAGAAGUAGAAUUACAACCAAUUUAUCGUGAUCCAGUUCAUGAUUUUGGAUUUUUUAAAUUUGAUCCAUCCAAGAUUAAGUUUAUGGAUUUAGUACAGAUUCCUCUUUGUCCGGAAAAAGCGAAAGUUGGAAUAGAAAUAAGAGUUGCUGGAAAUGAUAAUUGUGAAACUUUGUCAAUUUUAUCUGGAACAUUAGCAAGACUUGAUAGAAGAGCCCCGUUGUAUGGUGCUGGUAAUUAUAAUGAUUUUAAUACCUUUUAUUUACAAGCAGCAUCCGGAACUAGUGGUGGAUCAUCAGGAAGUCCAGUUCUUGAUAUUGAGGGUAAUGCAGUUGCCCUCAAUGCUGGUGGUACAAAAGAAGCAUCAUCUAGUUUUUAUCUUCCUUUGAAUAGAGUAAAAAGAGCUCUUAAGUAUAUUCAAGAAGGAAAAGAAGUUCCACGUGGAACUCUUCAAACAGAAUUUGAAUAUAAACCUUAUGAUGAACUUCGACAUUUGGGUCUUAAAUCAAGUAUUGAACAAGAAAUUCGAAAAAAGUUUCCUGAUGAGACUGGAUUAUUGGUGGUUCGUAUUGUAUUACCAAAAGGGCCAGCUGAUGGUUUACUUAUACCUGGUGAUAUUAUAAUUCGUGCAAAUAAAAAUAUGAUAGCCAAUUUUACACAAUUAUUUUCAAUAAUCGAUGAUUCAGUUGGGGAAGAUAUUGAAUUAACAAUAUGUCGUGGAAAAGAGCAACUUGAUGUUAAAUUGAAAAUCCAGGAUCUUCAUUCCAUAACACCAAAUCGAUUUGUUGAAAUUGGUGGUGGUAUAGUUAAUGAGCUAUCAUAUCAACUUGCUUAUUCUUAUUCAUGGUCUGUUGGCGGUCCGUAUAUAGCUGAAGGAGGUUAUAUGUUUACUUGUGCAUCAGCCUGGCGUAUGAGUAUUAUCACUAGCGUUAAUAAUAUCCCAACACCAAGCUUGAAUGAAUUUAUUGAGGCCAUGAAAACUCUACCAGAUGGUGCUAGAGUACCAAUAAAAUUUUAUCAUAUAACUAACAUCAAUAACGAAAAAACUUCAAUUAUGCAUGUGGAUAGGCAUUGGCACAAAUUUAAAAUAGCUGUUCGUAAUGACACUACUGGAUUAUGGAAUUACGAGGAAAUGCCUCCUUCUCCAUCUAUUCAUUCAUAUAAACCUGAAACAGCACAAAUUCAAGAUUUGGACGAAUCAUUACAACCUGCAGGAAAAAUUUGGCCUUCACUUGUUACAGUUACUUUCAAUUUACCAUAUAAUGUUAAUGGAUUGAGAAAUACAUCAAAUACACAGUUUUAUGGUGCGGGAGUGAUAUUAUCCAUUGAUCCACCUUUAAUUUUAUGUGAUCGAUAUACAGUACCAAUAAGCAUUGGUGAUAUUUUUAUCACUUUUGCUAAUAAUAUUAUUAUACCUGGAAAAUUAACAUAUCUUCACCCAUUAUAUAAUUAUGCUAUUCUCACAUAUGAUAAAACAUUAUUAGGAAAAACUCCUAUCAAAGCAAUUGAAUUAAGUGAUAAGGAAUUAGUACAAGGUGAUUCUGUUUAUUUAGUAGGAAUUUGUAGUGAUUGUACACCUGUAGUGAAGAAAACUACUGUAAAACGUGUUACAAAUGUCUAUUUAUCGAAAUGUUAUCCUUUAAGAUGGAGGGGUUUAAAUUUUGAAGAUGUUAGAUUGGAUGAUUAUGUAGAAUCAUUAGGCGGUGUAUUAUGUGAUAGUGAUGGAAACGUACAAGGGUUAUGGUUAACUUAUUCUGCACAAGAUAAUAAACAUAAUGAUCUUACAUACAAGUGUGGAUUUUCAAUAUCUUUAGUGAAACCAAUUUUAAAUUCUCUUAAAUUAGAUGAAUUUCCAAAAUUACAUGGUCUUGAUAUUGAAUUUUGGACAAUACAAAUAUCAAAAGCAAAAGAUUAUGGUUUAUCAGAUGAAUGGGUUAGAAAAGUUGAAUCUAUACCAAAUUCAAAAAAUAAUUUAUUACGUAUAUUAAAUAUACUUGAUUCAACAAGUCCUUCAGGAAAAUCAUUAGAAGUAGGUGAUAUUAUUUUAAUGAUAAAUAAUAAUAUGGUAACGAAAAUGUCUGAUUUACCUAUGGCUUUUCAUUAUUCAGAAGAAGUUGAUAUGUUAAUAUUACGGGAUGGAAAAGAAUUAGAUAUUAAAAUAAAAACAACCCCAUAUUAUGGAAAAGAGACGACAAAGAUUAUAGGAUGGUCAGGUGCAAUUAUACAAGAACCAUAUGAAGCAGCAUUAGAACGAAUUAAAAAUGUACCAACAGGUGUAUAUGUAUCAUUUAGAUUUAAUGGUUCACCAGCAUUAAAAUUAAGCCAAGGAGUUUGGAUUGUUGAAUUACAAGGAAGAGAAGUGAAUGACAUAGAUUCAUUUUUAAAAGCUAUAUAUGCACAUGAAAAAGAAAUUAAAGAAAAGCCUGAAGAAAAUAAUGAUGGAUAUGUAAGAAUUAAAACUAUUAGUGAUACAAAUGUUACAGAAGUUGUAACUAUGAAAUUAGACCCACAUUACUGGGGUAUUUGGCAGUUGGUUGAAGAUAAAGAAGCGUUAACAGGAUGGAAGUUUAUCGAAUCUUAA